AUGCUCGAACGGUUAAAUGAGUCGAGCCAGGGUCAGUCGAUUUCCGAGGAAGUUAAGAGUAGUAGAAGGAAGGCCGGAAGGAGCGGCGCCGCAGGAAAUGCCAGGGCCUUUGGGCGACUCGACUCUGCAAGUUCGGCAGGACAACUCAAAGCCAAUUCGACGAAUGCAGCAAUUAGCCUAGCUACGGUGACAGGUUCGGGACGAUGCUAUGUAUGUAAGGGAGCUCAUCUCAUAUAUUCAUGCGAUAAAUUUGUAAAUCUGACCGCGCCGGAACAAAUCGAUCUCAUAAAGAAAUUGAAACUUUGCUUUAAUUGCUUAAGAAAUGAUCAUUUGGUCGGUAAUUGUAAGGCGAGUUCUUGUAGAACAUGCGGUAGGCGGCACAAUACAUUGUGUCACGUAGAGGAGAAUAAUUCUAUUGUAGAGCGAUCCGCGAAUUCCGAGUCAAAAUCCGUUAGAAGAGAGAAUAAUCAAAGCGAAAGAUCGAGCGUGAAUCUGUCUGUGCACCAUACGUCGGGCGGCACGCGUCCGAGUCAGAUUUUAAUGGCGACCGCCAUAGUAAAUGCUACGGGCUCUAGCGGAAUGCGGCAAUCGGUUCGCGUUUUACUCGAUAGUGCUAGUGAGGCAAAUUUCAUAACCGCGGCAGCUUGUUCAAGGCUGAAUGUAAACCCUGAGAACGUUCAAGAGGCAAUCACGGGAAUAAACAAUUUAACAUAUAAGGUAACAAAGGGUUGUCGAGUCACAGUCGAGUCACGUGUAACGGACUACCAAUUAUCUGUUUUUUGUUUGAUCGUACCACAAAUCACACGAAAUGUGCCUGCUGUCGCGGUUGACACAAAGAAUCUCGCCGUGGCAAACAAUUUGAAGUUGGCUGACAAUACAUAUUUCCAUCCGAGUCAGAUAGAUAUACUGAUAGGAGGAGAGUUUUUCUUGAGUCUAUUAGAACCUCAAAAGAUCGAGCUCGGCGCGAGUUUGCCAUCACUGCAUAACACGAAACUCGGCUGGAUCAUUUCGGGCCCGGCUCCGGUACAAUACGUCGCAAAUAAUGGAGUAAAUCUCCACGUGUGUCUAAGCACGCAAUUGUCAUUGGACAGAUCGAUAGUCAAGUUUUGGGAGAUCGAAGAUUGUUCGAGUCGCGACGCGGUAUGGACCGAGGAGGAACAAGCGUGCGAGAAGUUUUUUCAGGAGACCCAUGCUCGAGAUAGAGAUAGUAGAUUUAUUGUUCAAUUACCCUUUCGUAAAAACAAGCAUAAACUGGGUGAAUCGAGAUCUAUUGCCGAAAAGCGGCUAAUGUAUUUAGAGCGAAAAUUCAGAAGUAACGAAUCGUUUAGACAAUCAUACGUUGGGUUCAUGCGAGAGUACAUUGACCUAAAGCACAUGACGGUUGCUCCGCCGAUGUCAACAAUGAGCUCGCAUGUUGUUUAUUUGCCUCACCACGGAGUGUGUCGAGAUUCUGACAAGAAAAUACGUUUAAAUACCGUUACAUAUGGUCAAUCGUGCGCGCCAUUUUUAGCAAUAAGAAGCGUGCGGCAAUUAGCGAGCGAGAACGCGGCGCGAUAUCCGCGAGCGGCACAAGCGUUGCUGCAGGAUUUAUAUGUAGACGAUGUGUUGACAGGCGUGAACGACAUCGCGGAAGCGAAAUGUUUGAUAGCGGAAAUGGUUGCAUUGUUAAAGUUAGGGCAAUUUGAAUUACACAAGUGGCGAUCGAGUAGAGCUAAAGAAUUGUUCGAUGCAAGCGGUGAGGUUGCCGAGUUCCAGACAAUAACGGAUGAGCGGGACGAUGAUAAAACCCUGUGCAUUCGAUGGGCGCCUCAGACUGACAAUUUCCAUUUUAAAUCGACUGCCAUGCCUGAUGCACGAACUAAGCGACAAUUAUUAUCAUCUAUUUCAAAGUUAUUUGAUCCAUUGGGACUAGCGAGCCCGCUGGUGGUCAAAGCGAAAUCCAUUAUGCAAAGUACGUGGCAGUCAAGUCUUGAAUGGGAUGACGAGUUACCAAUCGAUUUGCAGAAGGCAUGGCUCGAUUACAUGGAAGAAUUGACAAGGUUUUGUGUGGUAAAAGUACCGAAGCGAGUGGUGGGGGUCGCGAGUCCGGUACGCGUCAAUUUACACGCGUUCUGCGAUGCCUCCGAGCGAGCAUACGGCGCGUGUGUACAGGCGAUAGAUGAAGCUAACCGAGUCGUCUCAAGAUUGUUGUGCGCAAAAUCGCGUGUGGCUCCAGUGAAAAAAUUGACAAUUCCGCGAUUCGAGCUAUGUGGAGCGGUAAUAUUGGUCGAUUUAAUUCAAUUAAUUUUAGAUUCCUUGCCGAUUACGUUUCAUGGCGUAUACGCGUGGAGCGAUUCGACGAUUGUCCUUGCCUGGAUAGCAGGAGACGCGGGUCGACAAAAAACGUUUGUGACUAACAAAGUUACGAAAAUACAGGCGAUUUUGUCGGCCGAUCAUUGGAGACACGUAGCAGGCAAAGAAAAUCCGGCUGACUUGAUUUCUCGUGGCACCGAUUGCAAUAAUCCGGACACAAGUUCAUUGUGGUGGUCGGGCCCGCCGUGGCUUUCGGAGAUUGCUGCGCGUUGGCAGCAUCGCCCUCGAUUUCCGGAACCAUCCGAUCAGGAAUUAGAAAUUAUUGGAUCCGAGCAUAAAAGAGAAAUACAGGUAUGCGUGAAUCAGGCAACAUCUAGUUCUAUAAUAGAUGAAAUUUUGAGUAGAUUCUCGUUAUUGAUAAAAAUCGAGAGAAUCAUAGCAUGGUGUUAUCGGUUUAUAUCAAACGCAAGAUGCGGGACAAUUGAUAGAAAUUAUGCGAGUAUAUCGGUGGAGAAAUUGAAGUCGGCGCUUGUAAAAUUAGUCAAGCAUUGUCAAGGUCAGUUUUUCGAGAGGGAAAUGCGUUGUUUGUCUGGGAAUCGGGGCCUCGAGGCAGGAAGCGCGUUAGUCGGUUUGAGCCCAUUUAUGAAUGGAAACGGAGUUCUCAGGGUGAGCGGCAGAUUGCAGAAGGCGGCUAUGGUAAAUUACAAUAAAAAGCAUCCCAUUCUAUUGCCCGCGAGAAGUCGAUUUACCGUUCUGUUGCUAGAGCGGGAGCAUCGGAGGAUGCUGCACGCGGGCCCGCAAGCGCUGCUCUUUUCGAUUCUGAAGCAGUACUGGCCUUUAAACGGGCGCAACUUGGCCCGCAAGGUGGUUCGUGAGUGUACCACUUGUUUUCGAGUCAAUCCUAAACCAUUAAGUCAAAUUAUGGGGUCACUACCGUCGGACAGGGUGGUUUGUCGACGGGCGUUCACCGUGGUAGGCGUAGAUUACGCGGGCCCACUCACUACGCUAAUGAGCAGAGGGCGAAGACAGAAAACUAACAAAUCAUACAUUGCUGUAUUUAAAUGCUUCUCGACGAAGGCAGUUCAUUUAGAAGCGAUAGGCGAUCUAACUACGGAUGCAUUUAUCGGUGCGUUGCGUCGAUUUGUGGGAAGAUGA